UAAACUAUAUAAUAUUGAAAUAAUGGGUCUGCAGAUGGCAGGCAGCUUAGUUGCAGCCACAUUUUUAGUAGCGUUGCUUAUCUGGACACCAGCGCCCGUCGAUGCAUCCCAUCCACCGGAGAUCAUUAGAAAGCCGCAGAAUCAAGGCGUGCGUGUUGGGGGCGUGGCAAGCUUCUACUGUGCGGCGCGUGGCGAUCCCACGCCUUCGAUAGUUUGGCGCAAAAAUGGCAAAAAAGUUUCGGGCACUCAAUCGCGUUAUACGGUGCUGGAGCAGCCAGGCGGAUUCUCCAUACUGCGCAUUGAGCCCGUUCGGGCGGGACGCGAUGAUGCGCCAUAUGAGUGCGUGGCGGAGAACGGCGUGGGCGAUGCCGUAUCCGCAGAUGCAACUUUAACCAUCUAUGAAGGCGAUAAAACACCCGCUGGCUUUCCAGUUAUAACACAAACCCCAACCACACGGGUCAUCGAAGUGGGUCACACAGUCCAAAUGCAAUGCAAAGCCAUUGGAAAUCCAACGCCAAACAUCUAUUGGAUCAAGAAUCAGACAAAGGUGGAUAUGAGCAAUCCACGCUAUGCAGUCAAAGAUGGCGUUUUGCAAAUCGAAAACAGUCGCGAAGAGGAUCAAGGCAAAUACGAAUGCGUUGCUGAGAAUUCCAUUGGCACUGAGCACUCGAAGGCGACCAAUUUGUAUGUUAAGGUGCGUCGCGUGCCGCCCACUUUCUCACGCCCACCAGAGGCAAUCAGUGAGGUAAUGCUAGGCGCCAAUUUGAAUCUAAGCUGCAUUGCUGUUGGCUCGCCCAUGCCGCAUGUCAAAUGGAUGAAGGGCACCUCUGAUUUGACGCCAGAGAAUGACAUACCCAUUGGGCGUAAUGUAUUGACAUUGUCUAAUAUACAGGAGAGCUCGAAUUUCACCUGCAUAGCUGCCUCAUCCUUGGGUCAAAUCGAAGCCGUCUCGAUGGUCAAAGUGCAAUCUUUGCCUAUUGCGCCCACUGAUGUGACAAUCUCUGAAAUCGCCGCCACCUCAGUGCGCCUGGAAUGGUCCUACAAGGGUCCGGACGAUCUUCAGUACUAUAUCAUUCAAUAUAAGCCACGCAAUGCGAAUCAGGCGUUUAGCGAAAUCAGCGGCAUUAUAACGAUGUAUUAUGUAGUGCGUGCCUUGAGUCCUUAUACCGAAUACGAAUUCUAUGUCAUUGGCAUGAAUAACAUUGGGCGUGGUCCGCCCUCGGCGCCGGCAACUUGCACCACUGGCGAUUUCUCAUUUCCUGGCACAAAAAUGGAAAGUGCGCCACGUAAUGUGCAAGUGCGACCAUUGAGCUCCUCGACUAUGGUUAUUACUUGGGAGCCACCAGAGACCCCCAACGGACAAGUGACCGGCUACAAGGUGUACUACACAACCAAUGCAAAUCAGCAGGAGGCCUCAUGGAACUCACAAAUGGUUGACAAUAGCGAGCUGACAACUGUAUCGGAGCUAACGCCACAUGCCAUUUAUACGGUUCGUGUACAAGCGUAUACCUCAAUGGGAGCCGGUCCGAUGUCCACGCCGGUGCAGGUGAAGACACAGCAAGGUGUGCCAUCACAACCGAGCAAUUUCCGGGCCACCGAUAUCGGCGAGACCUUAGUCACAUUGCAAUGGUCAAAGCCCACGCAUUCCAGCGAGAAUAUUGUACACUAUGAACUCUACUGGAAUGACACAUACGCCAAUCAGGAUCAUCACAAGCGCAUUUCGAACUCCGAGUCCUAUACGCUUGAUGGUUUGUAUCCUGAUACGCUUUACUAUAUUUGGCUAGCAGCUCGCUCGCAGCGCGGCGAAGGCGCAACCACGCCCCCCAUACCAGUGCGCACCAAACAAUAUGUACCAGGUGCUCCGCCACGCAAUAUCACGGCCAUUGCAAACAGCUCGACUACAAUCUCGCUUAGCUGGCUGCCUCCGCCCGCGGAGCGCUCCAACGGUCGCAUCAUUUACUAUAAGGUGCGCUUCGUUGACGUGGGUCGCGACGAUAACGAAGCCAGCACUCUGACUCUGAACAAGACCACAAUUGUGCUCGACGAGCUGAGGCGCUGGACCGAGUACAAGAUCUGGGUGCUGGCCGGCACCUCGGUGGGCGACGGGCCCAGCUCACAUCCACUUAUAAUACGCACCCAAGAGGAUGUGCCUGGAGAGCCGCAGGAAGUGAAGGCCACACCGCUAAACUCGACAUCGAUACAUGUUAGCUGGAAGCCGCCAUUGGAAAAGGAUCGCAAUGGCAUCAUACGUGGCUAUCAUAUACACGUUCAGGAAAUGCGCGAUGAAGGCAAGGGCUUCUUGAAUGAACCCUUCAAGUUCGAUGUGGUGGACACUCUAGAGCACAGCGUAACCGGCUUGCAACCCGACACCAAGUACUCCAUACAAGUGGCCGCGUUGACGCGCAAAGGUGACGGAGAUCGUAGUACUUCUAUAGUGGUCAAAACUCCCGGAGGCGUACCUGUGCGUCCUACAGUGAGUCUGAAGAUAAUGGAACGCGAUCCAAUUGUAUCGAUAGAACUGGAAUGGGAGCGCCCGGCGCAGACAUAUGGCGAACUAAGAGGCUAUAGACUACGCUGGGGUGUUAAGGAUCAAACCUUGAAGGAGGAAAUGCUCUCGGGACCGCAAAUGACCAAGAAACGCUUCAAUGAUCUAGAGCGCGGAGUUGAAUAUGAAUUCAGAGUAGCUGGCAGCAAUCACAUAGGCAUAGGCCAGGAAACUGUAAAGAUAUUCCAAACACCCGAGGGCACACCCGGUGGACCACCGGCCAAUAUAACUGUGCGCUUCCAAACUCCAGAUGUUGUAUGUGUUACCUGGGAUCCACCUACGCGUGAUCAUCGCAAUGGCUUAAUAACACGCUACGAUGUUUUGUUUCACAAAAAGAUUGAUCACGGUCUAGGCUCGGAGCGAAACAUGACGCUACGCAAGGCUGUGUUUACCAAUCUGGAGGAGAAUACGGAUUAUAUCUUCAAAGUGCGUGCCUAUACCAAGCAGGGCGCUGGUCCGUUUAGCGAAAAGCUUAUUAUACCCACUGAGCGUGAUAUGGGUCGAGCGCCCAUGUCGGUGCAAGCGGUGGCAACGUCCGAGCAAACUGCUGAGAUCUGGUGGGAGCCUGUGCCCAGUCGUGGCAAGCUAUUGGGCUAUAAGAUUUUUUAUACGAUGACUGCAGUGGAAGACUUGGACGACUGGCAAACCAAAUCGGUGGGAUUAACUGAGUCUGCGGAUCUGGUGAAUCUGGAGAAGUUUGCGCAAUAUGCUGUCGCUAUAGCAGCGAGAUUUGAAACCGGACUGGGAAGACUAAGCGAGAAGGUUACAGUCCGCAUAAAGCCCGAGGAUGUGCCGUUGAAUCUGCGUGCGCAUGAUGUCAGCACCCACUCCAUGACGUUGAGCUGGUCGCCGCCCAUAAGACUAAAUCCGGUUAACUACAAAAUAUGCUUUGAUGCCAUUAAGGUGUUUGUCGAUUCGCAGGGCUUUCUACAAACGCAGAAUGUGCCCAGGCGUGAGAUUAUAUUGAAGCAUUUUGUCAAGACGCAUACCAUCAAUGAACUGAGUCCUUUUAGCACUUAUAAUGUCAAUGUCAGCGCUAUACCCUCGGACUAUUCCUAUAGACCGCCUACUAAGAUAACAGUUACUACACAAAUGGCUGCUCCUCAACCCAUGGUGAAACCUGACUUCUUUGGUGUGGUAAAUGGUGAGGAGAUUCUCGUUAUACUGCCGCUAGCUUCGGAGGAGUACGGCCCUAUAUCCCACUACUAUCUGGUGGUGGUGCCAGAGGACAAGUCCAAUCUGCACAAGCAUCCGGAUCAGUUUUUGACUGAUGAUUUGCUGCCUGGACGCAACAAGCCGGAACGUCCCAAUGCACCUUAUAUUGCUGCCAAGUUUCCUCAACGCUCUAUUCCCUUUACCUUCCACUUGGGCUCCGGGGAUGAUUAUCACAAUUUCACCAAUCGCAAGCUCGAGCGUGAGAAGCGCUAUCGCAUCUUUGUGCGCGCUGUUGUGGAUACGCCUCAAAAGCAUUUAUAUACCUCAAGUCCGUUCUCGGAGUUCUUAUCGCUGGAUAUGCGUGAAGCGCCGCCAGGCGAGCGUCCACAUCGUCCCGAUCCCAACUGGCCCUCAGAGCCUGAAGUGUCAGUGAAUCGCAACAAGGAUGAACCUGAAAUUUUGUGGGUAGUGCUGCCAUUGAUUGCUGCCUUUGUUGUCUCCACCGCGCUGAUUGUGCUUUAUGUAGCGAAGCGUCGUCGUCAGCCCUGCAAGACGCCCGAUCAGGCUGCGGUUACACGUCCGUUGAUGGCCGCUGAUUUGGGCGCCGGACCCACACCCAGCGAUCCCGUAGACAUGCGCCGACUGAAUUUCCAAACACCCGGCAUGAUCUCGCAUCCACCCAUACCCAUCUCCGAGUUUGCCAAUCACAUAGAACGCCUUAAGUCCAACGACAAUCAGAAGUUCUCGCAGGAAUACGAAAGCAUUGAGCCGGGCCAACAGUUCACCUGGGACAAUUCCAAUUAUGAGCACAACAAGUCCAAGAAUCGCUAUGCCAAUGUUACCGCCUAUGAUCACUCGCGUGUGCAGCUGCCGGCGCAGGAGGGUGUGCUCGGCUCGGACUACAUCAAUGCCAACUACUGCGACGGCUAUCGCAAGCACAAUGCCUAUGUGGCCACGCAGGGACCGUUGCAGGAGACUUUCGCUGACUUCUGGCGCAUGUGCUGGGAGCUGAAGACUGCUACAAUUGUCAUGAUGACGCGCCUGGAGGAGCGCACCCGCAUCAAAUGCGACCAGUACUGGCCCACGCGCGGCACUGAAACCUAUGGCCAGAUUUUUGUUACCAUAACCGAGACUCAGGAGCUGGCCACCUACAGCAUACGCACUUUCCAGCUGUGUCGUCAGGGCUUCAACGAUCGUCGUGAGAUUAAGCAGCUGCAGUUCACGGCCUGGCCCGAUCAUGGCGUGCCCGAUCAUCCAGCACCGUUCUUGCAGUUCUUGCGUCGUUGUCGCGCACUCACGCCACCCGAAUCCGGACCCGUUGUGGUGCACUGUUCCGCCGGAGUGGGACGCACUGGCUGCUACAUUGUCAUUGACUCCAUGCUGGAGCGCAUGAAGCAUGAGAAAAUCAUUGACAUCUAUGGUCAUGUGACUUGUUUGCGUGCCCAGCGCAAUUACAUGGUCCAAACCGAGGAUCAGUACAUCUUUAUACACGAUGCCAUCAUCGAGGCAAUAAUCUGUGGCCAAACUGAGGUAGCCGCGCGCAAUUUGCAUGCUCAUCUGCAGAAGCUGCUGACCACGGAGCCCGGCGAGAGCAUCUCGGCCAUGGAAGUGGAAUUCAAGAAGCUCUCCAAUGUUAAAAUGGACUCGUCCAAGUUUGUUACCGCCAAUUUGACCUGCAAUAAGCAUAAGAAUCGUUUAGUGCAUAUUCUGCCCUAUGAGUCGAGUCGUGUCUAUCUGACGCCCAUUCACGGCAUUGAGGGCAGCGACUAUGUCAACGCCAGCUUCAUUGAUGGCUAUCGCUAUCGCUCGGCAUACAUUGCAGCUCAGGGACCUGUGCAGGAUACCGCCGAGGACUUUUGGCGCAUGCUCUGGGAACACAACUCGACCAUUGUUGUUAUGCUUACCAAACUCAAGGAAAUGGGCAGGGAAAAGUGUUUCCAGUACUGGCCACACGAGCGUUCGGUGCGCUAUCAAUAUUAUGUCGUGGAUCCCAUAGCCGAGUACAAUAUGCCUCAGUACAAACUGCGUGAAUUCAAGGUAACGGAUGCUCGCGAUGGCAGCUCACGCACUGUGCGUCAAUUUCAGUUUAUUGAUUGGCCCGAGCAGGGUGUGCCCAAGUCUGGUGAUGGCUUUAUCGAUUUCAUUGGCCAAGUGCACAAGACCAAGGAGCAAUUUGGCCAGGAUGGUCCCAUCACUGUGCACUGCUCUGCGGGCGUGGGACGCACUGGCGUCUUUAUUACGCUCAGCAUUGUCCUGGAGCGCAUGCAAUACGAAGGCGUGCUGGAUGUUUUCCAAACUGUGCGCAUCUUGCGUGCCCAGCGUCCAGCUAUGGUGCAGACAGAGGAUCAAUAUCAUUUUUGCUAUCGCGCUGCUUUGGAAUAUUUGGGCUCAUUCGAUAAUUAUGCCAACUGAGCUGCUGGCUAGGUUAGCUUUUUGUUAAAGUUGCAACAAUCCGCAUAAAACGCAUUUAUGAUCUACACGGAUAACUCGACUUCAAAGUAUUAUAUUAUAUACAUAUAGCCAGCUACUGCCCACACACAUACACACACACAUACUUACUACUAACACACACACACACAUUUAUACAUGCAUAGGCUAUAGUUGUGUUUGUGCACACUCGAUUUAAAAAGUUGUAUUGUAUACCCCUGCCCUUUGUUUAGUUAUGGUAGCCUGCAAUUUGUGUUUGUUUGUUUCGUUACUUUGACAUAAUUGUGAACUCAAAAAGACUGUUACAAGUUUAAUUAUCAGUAAUUUUUUAACGAAGAAAAAAAAAGGAAAAGUAAAACAAAACACAGUUCUUUGCUCUAACUAAUCAAUGUAGUCGAAUCAACUUGUGGUUGGUUUUUGGUUGGGAGUGCAACUGCAGCUCCAUGGCCUGGACCUGGUAACAUAUACAUAUUUGAACUAAGGACUUGGUAGCUCUUAAACUUACUGUAAUGAAAACCGAAUCUCUAAACGACCAGAUUAUGAGUCUAGUAUAUGUGUAGUUGCCAUUUGAACUUAAAUGCAGCAGCAGCAAGUCUGAGUGGAGUAAAAUAUCAUUAAAUUUUAGACAUGUUUGUAUGUGUACCAACAACAACAGCAACAACAAGAACAACAAUCAAUCAAUCAAAUACUUGUGUAUUUUAUAUAUAAGUUAGUGCGUUUUUUAUAGACAACAAUAAGUAAUAAUACAACUCUUCAGUUUGGUAACCUAUGACAUAGAGAAAGCAAAUGAAAUGUAAACCGUGCAAUUAGUCAAAAGUCUUGCGUAUAAACUUAUACUAGUUUGUUUAGUUUUUAGUAAUUAUAUAAGCAUAUAUUUAGAUGCAUAUAUGUUGAGCUCUGAAAGUCAAGUAAAGCCUCUAUGCUAAUCACUUAAAAGGUUCUGUAAUUUAAGGCAAACCAAUUUCUAAUCCUUCCAGCUCGGCAGCUUUUUAGAACUUUUUUGAAUCUCUCUUGCAGCUAUUUUAAUUAAUUUUAAUUGAUUUUCUGUAUAUACCACAAUACCUAAAGCUAUAAUAGUGUCCUAAAGCUAGACAAUUAUGGUACCUAAUGUGUAUGAAUAUAAUGACAUAAUAUAUUUAUAAUCAGGCAGACAACAAAUGUAAUGUAGAUAUGUACUGUAGUAUAUAAUAUACAUAACAAACACACAUGCAUAUUUAUAACAUAUGUACAUACAGACAUAUUUGAUUUGCUAUCAGAACUCAGCAACAACUAAACACAGAUACAGACGCAGACACACACUCACACUCACAUGUUAAAACCAACAUAGUAUGUACGCUAAUAGGUACUUAUAUUUAGCUAUAUGCAUUAAACAAAAUAAUAACAAUAAUUAUAAUAUAUAAACAUAAACAUAUAUUUGUUAUAACAGGCCGCAGAAAGUAAAAUUCAAUGUUAGGUCGUAGUAAAUUGAAAAGUUAGGGCAUAUAUUUGGCAUAAAUAUAUAUAUUAAAAUUAUAGCGAUAACAAUAGCAACAAUAGAUGUCUAGUUAAAGGUAAACCACGCCGCGUUGCAAGCAUAUUUAGCAUACUACGAGUAUAUUUAUAUGAAGAUAAAUACAUAAAUCAAUUCGAAGCAAAGUCUAUAUUGUAUAUUAUGCAAAUU